GUUACGGAAGCCGGGGAGGGUUGAGCACAAGGUCUACCUCGAGGAAGUUAACCUCGGAAGCCGGGAUAGUGGUAGAGAAGAGCUAUUUCAGGCCCAAUGGCGACUGUGGAAGCAAGCGACAGCGAUGGGAAAGGGCAAGGGGCCGAGACCUCCGUCACAUAUUAUCGAUUGGAGGAGGUGGCGAAGCGCAACUCCAUGAAAGAGAUAUGGCUGGUGAUGCACGGGCGAGUCUACGAUAUUACCCGUUUCCUUAACGAGCAUCCUGGGGGAGAAGAGGUUCUGCUGGAACAAGCUGGUGCAGAUGCAAGUGAGAGCUUUGAAGAUGUCGGCCACUCCGCUGAUGCCAGAGAAAUGCUAAAGCAGUACUAUAUUGGUGAUGUGCAUCCGAAUGACCUUAAACCUGAAAGUGGUAGCAAGGACCCUUCGAAAGAUGCUCCAUGCAAAAGUUGCUGGUCGUACUGGAUUUUGCCCAUCCUAGGCGCUAUUGUCUUAGGUUUCCUGUACCGUUACUACACGGCGGAAAGCAAAUCCUCCUGAGGAGACCAUGUGGAAGUUGGAAAGCAUAUCCAUUGGGAGUGCGAGCUAGAGACUCGUUUGGAGGCAGAGCGAUGCCCUCUUCUCGAAUCCUGCUGGGUGUGUGCUUCCCCCUUGGAGGCCAGAUGGUUGGCCAGACGCCCACCCCAGACCUGGGGCCAGUGUCCUUCAUUUCCCAGAGCCUUACUCCCAAAGCACCUGCUCAUUGUUCUGUGUCCCUGCCAAUGCCCCUCCCUCUGCUGGCUUCCACCAGCCCCUUCGUGUUUCUGAACUUGGUUUUAUAAUUACAAUCCGAAUGUCCUAGUGACAUUGUCCUUUGGUGAAAAUGCCUGCUUUCCAGUUCCUUGAUGUACAUCAGAUGUUCUUAACAGGGCAACACACUGGUUCUGAAGCUUUCCUUUUUCCAUUUUUCUUCUGACUUCAUUCUAUUAUUUAUCAUAAGGGGUUUAAUUAAUGAAGUAAAGUUGCACACCUGUGACAAAACACAACUGCCAGAUGAUCUCGUUCCUUGUUUGUAUUUGUUCAAAUUCGGAAGGACCAUGAAUCCUGUCCUCCCUCUGGAGCUAGGGUAGCUAGAGGUAGCUCUUGCCAGCCCCAGGUCCGCCAAGUGCUGCUGGACAGAACUGUGCUUCUGUCGUAUGUCUUGGGAGCAGAGAGGAAGAGGGAAGGGGAGAGAUGAAUUGGGGUGAGUGAUAGGGUGAAUUCCUAGUCCUCUUUGUUUCGCAAAAUAUUGAAGACACUACUUAGGACGGGAAUUAAGGGAAAGCACCAAAGACUUCAUUCUUUUCUUUUCUUUUUUUUUUACCCCCCCAAAGACUUCAUGCUCUACUUUGGUGUGGCACCACUUUGUAGCCAUCUUCUUU